AUGCCGAGGUCAACAAUUCCACUCACACUCACUCGGCUGCUCCACCCCUCUCGCCCCCUUCCUUCUCCUCCCCUCCCCCCCUCUCCCCUCGUCUUCCCCAUUCCUUCCCAAUACAGUCGGGUGGUGGUGGUGAGGGAGGGGACACGUGGCGCAACCCCGUUGGACGUCUCGCCUCCCUCCAUGAGCGUGCGAUCCCGCGUGCACGAGUACGGGGGAGGGGCCUUUCUGGUCGCCCCUUCCCCUCCUCCUGCCACAUCAGCUGCCACGUCGGAUGCCACGUCAGCAGCUACCAGCAGUGUGGCGGGCGAUCUGCUGAUCUUCUCCAAUGGAGCUGAUCAACGGCUGUACGCGCUCGAGAUGCCAUCCGACGGCUCCGAUUCUGCCGAAGCGCCCCAGCCUCGUCCACUGACCCCUGUCGUCGAGCCACCUAGCGCGCUGCGAUUCGCUGAUGGCCGGCUGGACGUGCACAGGCGGCGAGUGAUAUGCGUGCAGGAGGACCAUCGCCAAAGCACCAGCAGUGGGGGCGGAACCGAGGAGCACGGGGGACAUGGCGAGCCGAGUAAUAUGAUUGUGGCAGUCUCGUUGGAUAGUGAUGGUACUGACGUCCCCGUGCUGCUAGCAUCUGGAGCAGACUUCUACGCCUCCCCACGCCUGAGCCCGGAUGGCAAGCAGCUGGCAUGGAUGGAGUGGAGCCACCCGCACAUGCCGUGGGAGAGGAGUCGGAUCAUGGUGGGGGCGUUUGAUGAUGAUGGUUGCCUCACCGCUGUGCAGUGUGCAGCAGGAGCAGAUGCUUCUGUGGUGGAAGCACCCAUGGAACCCCUCUGGUCGCCACAAGGCGAGCUCUACUUCCUCUCGGAUCGCCUUACCGGCUUCUGGGCUCUGCAAAGAUGGAACCCCACAUCAGGCACAGCAGAAGCAGUGGCAGAUAUGCCCAAGCACGAAGGAACCGAUUUGCUGGUGGAGGUGGGGGGACCCCUCUGGGUGUUUGGGAAUGCGAGCUAUGCGUUCAUCCCAGGCAGCUCACACCACGUGGCUGUCAUCUGCCAAGUGAAGGGCCAGUCUCAGCUGGGGAUCAUCGACACUCACACUCGCUCCUUCACACUCACUCCUCCCACCCACCCUCCUCUCACUCAGAUGUCGCACCUGGUGGCAGGCAAGGAUCGUCUUUUUGUGUGUGCUGGCGGCCCCUCCACCCCCCUCUCGUUUUUCGAGCUGAAACCCUCCCCAGAUAUGACCUCCCUCCAAGUCAUUCACCCGGCCAUCCGCCCGUCAACAACCAUCGACACCGCGUCCCUCGCCCCGUUCCUCUCCUCGCCUCAAUGGGUCGAAUUCCCCACCACCACCCCUGCACAAGGGGAGCAGUCCGUUGCAUCCUCAACUGCUGAUGCCCCACACACCGCGCCACACUCCUCCGCACCCCCACGCACCGCACACGCGCUCUUCUACCCACCUGCCAACAGCGAGUACCAAGGGCCGCAGGGGGCCCUCCCUCCGCUGCUGCUGAAGUGCCACGGGGGCCCCACGGGGUGCCUUGAUUCCGCCCUGCGCCUGCCGCUGCAGUUCUGGACGUCCAGAGGCUUUGCUGUUGUGGAUGUCAACUAUGGGGGCAGUACUGUCCCAGAAAGAACCCGUUCCGUUCCGAUCCAAGGGCUGCAAGGGGCGCUGCACCCCCCUCUGCUGGUGAAGUGCCACGGGGGCCCCACGGGGUGCCUUGACUCCGCCCUGCGCCUGCCCCUGCAGUUCUGGACGUCCAGAGGCUUUGCUGUCGUGGAUGUGAACUAUGGGGGCAGCACGGGGUACGGCCGGGAGUACAGGGAGCGGCUGCAUGGGCAGUGGGGAGUGGUGGACGUUGACGACGCUUGCUGCUGUGUCGAAUACCUGGUGCGUGCAGGACUGGUAGAUGGCAGCAGGGUGGCUAUCGACGGAUCAUCAGCAGGAGGCUUUACUACCCUCUCAGCUCUCACCUUCCGCUCUACCUUCAAGGCCGGAUGCUCCUUGUACGGGGUAAGAACUGCUUUUAUCAGAUCUCUCUCACUCAUCAUGCUGGUGAAGCAUCACCACCCUCUUAACUCUCACCUUCCGCUCUACCUUCAAAGCUGGAUGCUCGCUCCCUGUACGGGCGAAGUGGCUUUUGAGUCACGUUUGAAAAUCCUCAAAGUUGAGUCCGAAUCAAAACAAUCCCUGCCUGCCCCCCCCUGUGUUGAGCAGAUCGGGGAUCUCGAGGCUCUGGCUCAAAUUGGAGAUCUCGAGGCUGUGGCUCAGAUGAUGCACAAAAAACAUUGGCCAAUUGGCACUUCAUGUACAAUUAUCAUCAUCCAACCGCUGCUCCCCCCUGUUGAGCAGAUUGGAGAUCUCGAGGCUCUAGCUCAAAUGAUGCACAAGUUUGAAAUGCAUUACACCGAUACACUUGUUGCACCAUACAACACUCCUGAGGGAAAGCAGCUGUACAAGGAACGCUCCCCAAUCAACCACGUCGACAAGCUUGCAUGCCCGUUGCUCCUGUUGCAGGGGCUCAAAGACCAGGUUGUGAGUCCUGACCAGGCCCGUGCCAUGCACGCUGCAGUGAAGGCCAAGGGGCUGCCAGUGGCUAUCAUUGAGUUUCCAGAUGAGGACCACGGCUUCAGAAAUGCGGACAACAUCAAGGCAGCACUGGAGAUGGAGCUGGAGUUCUUCUGCCGUGUCCUGCUCAAUCUGCCUUCUUCAUCUGACAAACAGAGGCUGACGAUUGACAAUUUUGAUCAGGAAAUAUAG